AUGGCACGGGAAAUUCAAGGCUUAUUCCCAAGGACGACCGCAAGAAGAUCCACGAGUACCUCUUCCGUGUUUCUGACUGGGUUUUUAGAGGGUGUUCUCGUGGCCAAGAAGGAUUUCAACCUCCCCAAGCAUGGCGAGAUUGACACCAAGAACCUCUACGUCAUCAAGGCUUGCCAGUCCCUGACCUCCCGCGGCUACGUCAAGACCCGCUUCUCAUGGCAAUACUACUACUACACCCUCACUCCUGAGGGUCUCGACUACCUCCGUGAAUGGCUCCACGUUCCCGCCGAGAUCGUGCCUGCCACUCACAUCAAGCAGCAGCGUUCCCACGCUCCCCCCCGCGGUAUGCUCGGUGGUGAGGAGCGCGAGCGUCGCCCUGGUGGACGUGGUGGUCCUCGUGGUGACCGUGAUGGCGGUUACCGUCGUCGUGAGGAGGGCAAGGAGGGUGGUGCUCCUGGCGAGUUUGCCCCUACUUUCCGCGGUGGUUUCGGCCGUGGCCGUGGUGCUGCUCCUCCUUCUUAA